ACUAUGCUUCCGACUGUCUCACUAUUUUUCACAAAGGUAAGGAUAAAUGUACAGAUGAUUUUAUCCGUACUCCCGGACUCUGGUUGUCGAAAAAAAAAUUGCAUGCUCGUUUCACAGGCAACUGGGAUAAUGACGCGGGAAUUAUGGGAGUUGGUGAUGAGCUCUCACUACAAAAAUGGUACCAUAUAACUUAUACACUUUCUGACCCUGAAAAAAGAUUGGAUAUCUAUGUGGAUGGCGAAUGGGUGGGAUAUUAUAGCAUCCAAGAUGUUAAAAAGCAAAAUGUUAUCUUCAAUGAUGGACCGUUGUAUAUCGGACAAGCAUUCUCUUGUGACGGGUUCGAUGGUGAAAUUAGCAAUGUUCACUAUUUCAACUGGCGCUUGACUCCUGAAGAAGUGAAAAAAGAUCUUCUAAGAGGAUUACGUAAAAAUGAAGAAGAUACAUUUUAUUAUAUAAGUUUUGAUGAUAAGAGUUUUGAUGAUAAUUCCAUUUCAAUUCUGAAACUUCGCCCAUUUAAAAACAAUACCAAUGCGCAAUGGAAAGUUCUACGAAUUGAUAAUUAUUAUGGCUAUCCAUCGUUAACAGAUAAUUCACCAAUAAAAGAUGUUGUUCUUAUAAACAAAGGAACCGGCAAGGCCAUGAAAUAUCGAAACAAGGAAACAGGGACGGAAAUUACUCAAGUUGAUCUUGCAGAAGCAGACAAUAAUUGUAUUUUGUGGUCAAUUGGUAGCAAACAAAAUGAUGGUACCCGAGCCAUGCACCUGAAUAAUAAUGAAUCUAUGUCUCUAGAUGGUUGGACUGGUAACCUUGUUGAUGGUUGCGAGGCUCGUUUGUUUCCUACUCAUAACGGAAGUAAUCAACUGUGGACUUUUGAGCAAGUCCUUUGUGAUUGA